AUGACGGGGAACCGGAGGGGAGGCACCGCGGGUGGGUACAGCUACAGCGGGGACUGCUCCCGCCGCCCCGGGCCUCUGCCCACGGCUCGGCCGGUCCGCCUCCCUCUGCUGAGGGGAGCCGUCCCCCGAGGCCCGCGGAGGGCGUCCCGCCACCCCCGGGUCUGCCCCGGCGGCGGGAAGGGGACCGGAGGGGUGACCGAGGCGCUGUCUCCGCCCGCUGCAGGAAGCGUUUUGGACCAGAGCCUGGAGAGCCUGCUGCACCGGCUGCGCGGCCUGUGCGACAACAUGGAGCCGGAGACCUUCCUGGACCACGAGAUGGUGUUCCUGCUGAAGGGGCAGCAGGCCAGCCCCUUCGUGCUGCGGGCCCGGCGCUCCAUGGACAAAAGCGGGAUGCCCUGGCACCUGCGGUACCUGGGCCAGCCGGAGAUCGGCGACAAGAACCGCCACGCGCUGGUGCGCAACUGCGUGGACAUCGCCACGUCGGACAACCUGACGGACUUCCUGGUGGAGAUGGGCUUCCGCAUGGACCACGAGUUUGUGGCCAAAGGGCACGUGUUCCGCAAGGGCAUCAUGAAGAUCGUGGUCUACAAGAUCUUCCGCAUCCUGAUGCCGGGGAACACGGAGAGCAUCGAGCCGCUCUCCCUCUCCUACCUGGUGGAGCUCAACGUGGUCGCCCCGGCGGGACAGGACGUUGUCUCUGACGACAUGAGGAACUUUGCUGAGCAACUGAAGCCUCUAGUGCACCUAGAAAAAAUUGACCCCAAAAGGCUGAUGUGAUUGGAAAGCCGGGCAGCAUUCCUGAAGAAGGUGUUUUUCUAGAAAGUGUUUUAAGGGUAAAUCAAAACAGGGAGAGGGAAAUAAAGGGACUACAUAUUGGUUUUGUCAUUUGCAAUUA